AUGGUGCGGGGGAAGACGGAGAUGAAGCGGAUAGAGAACGCGACGAGCCGGCAGGUGACCUUCUCCAAGCGCAGGAACGGGCUACUCAAGAAGGCCUUCGAGCUCUCCGUGCUCUGCGACGCCGAGGUUGCGCUCGUCGUCUUCUCCCCUCGCGGCAGGCUCUACGAGUUCGCCAGCGCCACCAGGUACCCUCCCCCACGCAAACGCCAAAUCUUGAAUCUAGUUUCCCUGCUGCUGUUCGAAAUCCGGUUGCUGCUUGUGGGUUCUUGGGUUCAUGGGCGAGGCGACGACACCGUCCGGCCGUCUAGCGGUCUAGCCGGCGUUUGCAAUGCCGCGGUUGCUAUUAUUGGAGGCCGCGAACUCUUGUAG